CUAGGGGCGCGUGGGGCGGCGGCGGCCUCGCCCCCCGAGAGGGCGUCGCGCGCUCGCUUUCCUUCUUCCGGCGCCGCCGCCGCCGCCGCCGCCACAUCCCGGGCCGGGCGGGCGGCGGCGCCGAGGCCUCCGGGCGGGCGGGCCUCCAGCGCUCCCCGGACGCCGGGACCCCGCGCGCCUCGCCCCCAGGCCCGCGAGGCCCGAGCCGAGCUUCGCCCCUGGGGCCGCGGAAGGGCCGGAGGACCGCGACAGGCUCCGGCUCCUCGGAGGAGACAGGAGGAGCCAGGAACCUCCAAGGCAAAGCAGAUACUGCAAGGAAAUGUGGACCAGGCCUGAGAAGAAUCGAGUGCGACUUCCGGUUCUUCCGUGUCCCCUGCAGCAGAGUGUAACCGUGUGACCCGCUGAGGACCCAGGUGCCCCACGUCACUCCCGGACAGCGACAGCCUGAGAAACGCCCACCCCCGAGGUUCCGCGCAGGCUCUGGCCGGCAAGUGGGCGGAGCCGGGACGCUCCGGGGUUCGUUUCUCGGGUUUCACAGAUUCUCUACAGCUCAGUGGGUGUGGCCGCAGCUUGUCAGCGAGUCAGGAUUUUAAACCCAGCCUGCUUGGAAUCGCCUCAGGAUGGCGUCUGCCCUCUGAGGAUUACCCAAAGGUCCGGCCCGCGGCAGGCCCCCUCCUGCCCCGGCUUCCAGGCCCUGGCAGGUGCCAGAUGCCAGGGACACAGUAGCCUGGGCCAGAAAGAGUCAACAGGCACCUCUGCAGAAGUGAAGUCUUAUCACGUGUUCCAAGACCAAAUAGAAAUGGCUCCUUUCCGGAAGAAUCACUGAAUGGCUGACAUUUGACAACAUGCACCACCAGUGGCUUCUGUUGGCCACAUGCUUUUGGGUGAUUUUCAUGUUCAUGGUGGCCAGCAAGUUCAUCACGCUGACCUUUAAGGACCCUGAUGCCUACAGCGCCAAGCAGGAGUUUCUGUUCCUGACCACUGCGCCCGACGCGGGGAGGUCGCUGAGAGAGACGCACUUCCCUGAGGAGCUGAAGCUGACCGGGAAGGUGCUGCCGGGAGGGCGGCUCGUUCACCCCUUGGUCUAUACGCAGCGGCUGGAGCUCGUCAGAAACGUGUGCAGGGAGGACACCCUGAGGAACCUCUCACACACCGCCGUCUCCAGGUUUGUCCUCGACCGGAUAUUCGUCUGUGACAAGCACAAGAUCCUCUUCUGCCAGACCCCCAAAGUGGGCAACACCCAGUGGAAGAAAGUGCUGAUCGUGCUGAACGAUGGCCUGUGGAUCACCAGAAGCUUUCCUUCACUCUCAUCCUGCCCGCAGAAGCAGUUGAAAUUCAAAGACCUAAACGUGGAUACUGGGAUGGCCCGUGGGGAACGCGGGCCCGGGCUUCGAGACGGGCAUCUGUCUUUAGAGGCAGCAUCCCCAACACGCCCUCUCCCUGUUUGCCUCCCAGGAGCCUUUCCUUCCAUCGAAGAGAUCCCUGAAAGCGUGGUGCACGACCACGAGAAGAACGGCCUCCCGCGUCUCUCUUCCUUCAGCGAUGCAGAAAUUCAGAAGCGCUUGAAGACAUACUUCAAGUUUUUUAUCGUAAGAGAUCCCUUCGAGAGACUGAUUUCUGCGUUUAAGGAUAAGUUUGUUCACAACCCCCGCUUUGAGCCUUGGUACAGGCACGAGAUUGCCCCUGGCAUCAUCAGGAAGUACAGGAGGAACCGAACGGAGACCAGGGGCAUCCAGUUUGAGGACUUCGUGCGCUACCUGGGUGAUCCGAACCAUAGGUGGCUGGACCUUCAGUUUGGGGACCACAUCAUCCACUGGGUGACAUACGUGGAACUGUGCGCACCCUGCGAGAUCAAGUACAGCGUCAUCGGUCACCACGAGACCCUGGAGGACGACGCCCCGUACAUCUUGAAAGAGGCUGGCAUAGACCACCUGGUGUCUUACCCCACCAUCCCCCCGGGCAUCACCGCGUAUAACAGAACCAAAGUCGAGCACUACUUUCUGGGCAUCAGCAAACGAGACAUCCGGCGCCUCUAUGCACGGUUUGAAGGGGACUUUAAACUCUUUGGGUAUCAGAAGCCAGAUUUUUUGCUAAACUAAUGUGUAGGACUGUGAGUUCAAGUAUCUUUGUUAGACCAGAGGCUAACCAGGUGGAGAUCUGGGCACAGAAAUGACACUUUGCUCUGUCACGCUCCCCCUGAACACUCCUCAGUUCCCGUGGACCUGGGUGUGCCUUGGCCAGUGAAGCUGGACCCUGACCGUUAUGACCUAGUUUGGACAGAAGGUGCCCGGCGGGCCCUGCCCCCCUCCCCCCCCAGCCCCAGUGCCAUCAGGCCUUUGCUCUCCUCAGAGGGGAAAGAGACUAAACAUUUGCAGUCGCACAGACGGGAGGAAAAAUCAUACAGCCUCGAGUCACCUCCCUCGGUUGUCAGACGCCUGCAGCUCCCCCAGACGGUGGGGCGGUCCUGCCUGUCCCCAGGGGAUUGUAGACAUAGCACCCAGCGCUUUCAGGAGAGAUGGAAGAGCCAGUGGUCUGCACACAUCCCAGGGGCCGAGAUAGGGUCAAAUCUGAUUAAUUACACCUCUGGGUUUCAUCUUGGCGCCACUGUAAUCACAGAGGCAGACCCUUCUUUCCAUGACUGUUUUGUUCUGAGAAGUUCAGGGAUGACUCGAGGGCACUCUCAAGUAGUCCAUCUCUUCAGAAUACCUGCCUGUAUGCUGCUGGGCCAGACUUCCAGACCUCUGCCUGCCAAGUGAUUAUCUCAUUCAGCCCAAGAGAUCCAAUUUUGGAAAGUGAGGGGAGUGUACAUUCUUCCCACCUGAGGAAGGGAACAUCUCUGGGGACCUUAAAGGGAGCCUGGGAAGAGGCAGAGCUGGCCGGGUGCUGGAGCUCAGGCUGCCCUGGACUUGGGCACGUCCGCCCUGAUGACUGUCUGCCUCUUGUCUCUGAUGGUCCCGUGUGGAUGGGCACGGGGGGGGUGCCCGUGGGCAUGGGGGGGGGGGUCUCCACCUAUCUCCCCCAAGGCCAGGCCCUCCUGGGGGCCAAAGGCAAGCACAGGCAACAGGCCACUAUUGCCCAAUCAGUGCAGCUUACACAUUUCAGUCUCCUUGCGUCUCAGCAAAAUGCGCACCACUGGACCCAUUUCUGAUGAUGCCGUCAUCCUGGACUGUAAGUUGGAUAAUCAAGUUCACCAGCAAUAAAAUCCUGGGCCGAGGCAGCCCCAGUAACGCACCUUCCAGGCGCUGAGGAGCAGCCCACGGCUACCAUUUCAGAUGCCGUCCGGCAGCGAGGCCCCUCGAGAUACGGGAGAGCUUCCCCGCGAAAAGCCCCAAGCGCUCAGGCUGCACUGCGCCCAGGAGCCCGGCUUUUCCUCGGGCAGCCUCCGCCGUCCCUCUCUCAGCGUGGCUUCCUGAGUCUGUAAAUGUGAAAGUAACAUGAAAUUAAAAAACAAAAAACAAAAACAAAAACACGUGCCAACCUGACGUGGGCCGCGGUUCCAGGGCAGGUGCUGCGUGGACGCGACGUCCCCGAGGCCUGGCGACGGUGAGGGGCACGCGGGCCUGCGUGAUGGCUGCGGGUGAGCCGGCGGUGGAGGAGCGGGGCUCACGUGCCCGCCCGCCACGCCGACCGAGGGGCAGGCUGCGUGGUGGCCCGUCACGCUCUGCUGACACGCGGAGGCUGCAGGAUCCGCCGUUCUUCCGUCACGUUUCAGCAGCGUCUUGUGGAAACCAUUCCGCACCGGAUGCAGGAGUGCCUCCGUGGGGCGGAGCGGAGCUCAUUCCCAGGGGAGACACCUGGCGGGGCAGGGGGAGGAGGAGACGGCAGCUAGAAAGGGCGACCCCGCGGGAAAUGGGCAGGUGAGCACUCAGAAGGUUCGAAAAGAAACAGAAGAAGCAACUCUGCCUCCAAGAAGCGGUCUUAAGGCAGGGAGGGCAGUUCCUGAAUUCGGAAGUUUAAUAAUAUUAGGUUGACUUAA